CACAGUCUCUGGUGGAGCUAGGGCGACGGCGAUGGCGAUGACGGCUCCCCAGGUGGAGAAUGCGCCCAUUCUCGACUUCAUCAACAACGUCUUCCCGAACGAGGCGUCGCUGAUCGCUGUGGAGCCGCUCAUCCAGAAGCUGAGGAACAAAAUUCGUCGCGGCGAUGCCGAAAUCCUUGCUGCUGUCCGGCAACAGAGCUCCUCAGGGACUAAAGCUAAAGAAGAUCUUGCCGAUGCCAUGCGUGCUAUCGAGGAAUUGGCAAACAAAAUCCGGGAGAUCAAGUCCAAAGCGGAACAAAGCGAGGUGAUGGUUCAAGAGCUAUGCCGUGAUAUAAAGAAGCUCGACUUUGCAAAGAAGCACAUCACAACAACUAUCACUGCUCUACAUCGUUUGUCAAUGCUUGUCUCGGCCGUGGAGCAACUUCAGGGAAUGGCAUCUAAGCGACAGUACAAAGAAGCCGCCGGACAGUUAGAGGCUGUGAACCAGCUUUGUGGUCAUUUUGAGGCAUACAAGGAUGUUCCUAAGAUCAAUGAGCUCAGAGGUACCUACAAGACCAUUAAAGAGACUCUAAAGGCUCACGUUUUUAACGAUUUUUCAAGCUUAGGCACUGCUGGUUUGAAAGAAGAUGGAAACCUCAUGCAACAGCUAGCCGAUGCUUGCUUCGUUGUUGAUGCUUUGGAGCGGACUGUCCGCGAGGAGCUCAUCGUCAAUAUUUGCAGUAAAGAACUGACUGCCUAUCAGCAAAUUUUCCAAGGCACAGAGGUUGCAAAACUUGAUAAGGUGGAACGCCGCUAUGCUUGGAUAAAACGACAGCUCCGUGCAAACGAAGAUAUCUGGCAGAUCUUUCCUGCGCACUGGCGCGUCGCCUUUCUGCUUUGUAUGCAGUUUUGUAAAGUAACUAGGGCACAAUUACUAGAGAUUUUGGAUGGUUUGAAGGAACAACCAGAUGUUCAAACUCUCCUUCAGGCACUGCAAAGGACCUUGGAGUUUGAGGAGGAGCUUGCUGAGCGCUUUGGAAUGGGGAGCGACAAAGCUGAGGACCAGGAUGAAGGUGAAGGUGACGAGCAGAGUGCUUCCGCUUUGCGGAGAAAAUAUGAGAAGCAACUGGCCGUAAAAGGUGGUCGAUCAAGCCAAGUUUACCCUGAUGGCGAAGGAACAGAAAAAGAAAAAAGACCUGAAUAUUUGUCAGCGACAGCAGCUAAUUUCAGCUUUCGUGGCAUCAUAUCGUCAUGCUUUGAGUCUCACCUAGGUCCUUAUGUUGAAUUAGAAGAAAAGAAUCUGCUCGAGACUUUGGAAAAACUUGUGAUGGAGGAGAGCUGGGAGGCUGAAGAAGGUAGUCAAACUAACAUUCUUACAAGCAGCACACAGGUUUUUCUCGUGAUCAAGAAAAGUUUAAAACGCUGUGUAGCUCUUACAAAAAAUCAAACGCUCUUCAGCUUAUAUAAGGUCUUUCAACGAGUACUCAGGGCUUAUGCUGGUAAAUUGAUUGGACGACUACCAAAGGUUGGAGCUGGCGCGGGACUUGUUGCCGUAGCGACAGGCAUGGAAAGUCAUUUACGGGUUUCGGACAAAGACGAAAGGGUCAUAUGCUAUAUUGUCAACACUGCAGAAUAUUGCCAUGAAACUGCUGGUCAAUUAGGAGAAAACAUUUCCAGAGUAAUUGAUUCUCAGUUCGCGGAAAGCAUCGACUUGUCGGAAGAACAGGAUGAAUUCUCCGGCGUGAUUACCAAAGCGCUUUCAUCCCUUGUGAUGGGACUGGAAACGCGAUUGGAAAACGAGCUGGCAGCUAUGACAAGAGUGCCAUGGGGGACGAUUGAAGGUGUUGGCGAUCAAUCCGAGUAUGUUAAUGGAAUCAGCUCGAUUCUGUCUAGUAGCAUUCCAGUUAUAUCUGGUCUAUUGUCUCCGUUGUACUUCCAGUUUUUUCUAGACAAGUUAGCAGCGUCCUUCGCUCCUCGAUUUUAUAUGAAUAUAUACAAAUGCAAACGCAUCACAGAAACUGGGGCUCAGCAGAUGCUACUCGAUACACAAGCGGUAAAAACAAUUUUACUCGAAGUCCCUGCAUUGGGAGGCCAGACAGCUGCUCCGGCAAGCUACACCAAGUAUGUCACUCGUGAAAUCGGCAAGGCGGAGGCUCUCUUGAAGGUCAUUUUGUCACCGAUUGAAUCCAUCGCUGACACUUACCAUGCUCUACUGCCUGAAGGCUCUGGUGCCGACUUCCAGCGUCUACUCGAUCUCAAGGGACUGAAGAAAAGUGACCAACAGCCACUGCUGGAUUACUUCACCAAGCGUGGGAUGGGAACUUUGCUGCCAGUUAGUCCGGCGUCGGGACCUUCAUCGCCACUCACUCCAAGCGCUGCGAGCAGAGAAGCGAUGAUGGCUCGAGCAGCAGCGCUCGGACGAGGAGCGAUGGCUCAAUCUGCGGCCGCCGCGGCCGCAGUCUCUAGCACAGGACUGAGACGAUUCUUCGCGCUGGCCGAGUCCGCGAAAGAAGGAGCUGCCAAACGAGAAGGAGCGUUUAGAAAGCUCUUCAACUCGUGAGACUAGACUGUAACCUUUCAAAGCGAAUUUAACGGUGACGAUGUA